AUGGACGAGGCACACCUUCAGAGAAUGGCGAAGGCUGAGCUGGAGACUCUCGCCCGGGCCAAGGGUAUGGGAGACGAGGCCAUAUUUCAUCUCAACAAGCCACGACUGAUCGAGGCGUUCCUCGACCAUUUGCAGACUUUAGACUCUGAGUCUGUACCACCUGAUGUCGAGUCCGGUCGCGUGACGAGGUCUUCGAGGCGGCCGUCGACAGUGGUAAUUGAGGCUGCUGUCGACGGUAAUAUGAAGAGACGCCGAACUCGGCAAGCUAGCCGUCGCAGUUAUGGUGGCAAGAAGAGGCGUGUUGAGGAUGGUAACGUCGCUGACGCAGAAGGCCAUGACGAGCCCGUUGAAGGUCUCAGCAAGCUGGGGCCCGUCGAUGCUCCGACUGACAGUUCCAAAGAUAUUUGUCUUAAACAGGGCUACUUUCAUGUCACGGCUGCCGGCGAAGAUGUUGAGAAUCAGACCAACGGCGACAAGGCUAUACCUGGAGAAUUGACCGUCAACGGGGCUUUCACCGUACCCGACGAUAGAGCAGCAUCCUCUACCGACCUCGACCCAAUCGCGGCGAAUACAGAGACGGACGAUGCAACGCUCCUUACUCGGCGUGGUGAAACAGUCUGCUCGGCUGAUGGACUGUUGAAGAGUCCACGUUCCAUCCGCGGUUCUGAGAAGGGUGACGGUCAGGUCGCAGCCAAUUCAGAACGUCGUUCACCCGUCGAUGAUGAAUCUACCAAAAAGCUGUACGACAUCGCUCGUGAUAACAUGGAGACGGCCGGUACUCUUCUAGAGCUACUUGACUCCGACUUUUCAUCUGUAUCCUCUGCACUCACAAAGGCAUUCACGACCGUAGACGGAUCGUCGAGCCGCGCAACUAUCCUUCAUAUCCUCUCAACUACAAGCAAUGUUCUCAUCAAGAUCUCCUCUACGAUACGCACCGCAUCUCCCACUACCACCCCCUUCAUACACGAUCGUUUCCAUCCGGAUCUCCAGGAGCUAUCCCUCGCUCAGUCAGAACUCUCGAGCCUCACGAGCAUCAUAUCGAGAGGACUCACAAGUGCGCACGCAAUGAAGCGGAAGUGGACGAAGGGUUAUCGAUGGGAGAAGGUCUUUGAGCUUUUGCAUACGCUGAUGAAUGGGAUGGAUGCUGCGAAGACACAUAUCUCAAUGAUGACCGAUGCAGAGGAUGAGGUCAACAGCAACUUGACUAACGUGAACUCAGACUCGGAGGACGCGACUGAUGGAUAUGAAGAUGGCGGCCAUGUAGCUGAGGAUGUAGAAGACAGUGAUGCAUCCCCGGACCAUGAAGCUUGCCUUGAUCAGCCAGACAAAUCAGGAGAGACCGACGACCGGGCACGAAGCGUGGGGCGCGCAAGGAAAGGGUCUCGUGUGAAGGACAGGGCAGAUGGACCACGCGUAUCCUCUCAUAUGCCUGGGUUGGACGUACUAGCGUCGCGGACAUGA